CCCGCGGGCUGGCGGGUGGGGACCGGCGCGGAGAACGGAGCUGGCGGCGGUGUGGCCGCCGGGCCGCGGGUCCCCGCCCCCAGGUUUUAAAUGAUGCAGCCUGCGAGGAUCCCUACCGGUCGCUCGAGCAGGAAGUGUGUAAGAGGCCAUUUUUAAAGCCUCCUGCGGGCCUCAGAGGCCGGCGUUGACGUUCUUUGGUCUUCAGUAGCUAGAAGAUCGCCCGGUGACCCCUCGAGGGGACCCGGACGGCCCCUGGUACAGGACGAGGGAGUCUCUCUGUCCCUGCGCCUCCCUUCCUCGCGCCACGCUGUGCAACGUGGACUGGCCUCGGAUCAGGGUGCCGUCGGUGAGAGCGUGCCAACAAUAAACUUGAGAACCAGACCUCAUUGUCUUUCCUUGGAGGGUCGGAGAGGGUGUCCUGUCGGAAAGGCCCUGUCGGUGGAGGACCCAUGCAUGAGGUGGGGGAGCAUAGCGGAGGGGUCUACGCCGGAGGAAGCUUUGAAUUGUCCCCCAAACCUGGUGUCAUUCUGUGGGCCCUUUGCAUCCCAGCCCGCCUUUUUUCCCCCCCUUGUUGGCUUGGGGUUUGGGGUCAGUUUAAAAAGGCCAAGAGAAGGAUGCGAAAGAAUGAACAUUUGGUAACCAAGAAAAGAAAGCCUUAGAAGAGGACAUUUAACCCCUGCAUGUAGGCUGGUAUUUAAUAUAUCCCCUUAAAAUGCCCCUGGUUUUUAAAACUAGGAUAAUGAAUGAUUUGUCAGAGUAACAUUACAAAAUAAAAAGUGAAAUACCAAGUACUUUGUUCUCUUUAAAAAUAGAAGCCUACCUGCUAAACUGUAAUAUUGUGUUGGAGUCCUUAGAACAUUGUCCUGCAAGUUUAGAAUUGAAAUCACCUUGGAAGAAAAUUGUGGCCUCCAGAAACCUGCAGUACCUGACUAUAGAAGAGCAAUGAAGGAGCAUGGGAAUGUCUCCCAGUCCUUCUGAGUCACCUGUGCAAAGUUCAACCCAACCCAUGAUUGUACACCAUGACAGAUACAGGCCAAGGGUAUUAUUGCAAGUCAGAAAAUAUGGUUUAGAACCCAAUGUUAUAUGGUUUCUUUAAGUAGAAUACAAAUAGAUCAUUCCAAUUUUUAAAUUGUGAUAUUUUUAACCAAGGAUGAAUUUUUUGCUUACUUUCUAUUUUGAGUCUAAUAUAGUAACCUUGAAAAAUGACACUUUUGUAUGCUGUAACAUUCAUUACAAGUGUGCUUUGAAAAGAACAAAGGAGAGCAUUCUUUUAUUGGGACUCCUCCCUGACAUGUUACCCUAAACUAAUGUAGAUUUUAAAAACCCAGUAACAACCAUUAAAAAAAAAAAUCACACUUCUGUCUCUCCUGCUCUAUUUGCCUUUUAAGUAAGAGGAUCUGGGCUAGUGUUUGUGUGAGAGGAAGAACAAAGAACAUUUUAUGAUUGUCACUAGGAAGGCGUUGCUUUCAUUCAUUCCCUCAUUCUUUCAUCCGGUUGUAUUGAGUGCCUUCUAUGGCCAACCCACUGAUGCUGGUUAUGGUAAAGGGGCCUCACCAGUGAGGAUUUUCCCAGUCUUCAAUUGUUCUCACAUUGCCUGUAAUCUACUGCAUUUUUGGUUCACAUAUUCGAACCCAGCCCACUAUAAUUUCCAGGGUUCAUUCUUAAAGUAAAAGCAGCUGGAUCAUUUAAUUCAGACUCUCCCAUCAUGGGAAGGGGGUAGGUAGCUUAAAAAUCACCUGGGAAGAAUUUUAAACCCCAUGCCUGGGCCCCACCCUUGGAAAAGAGCCAUCUGAUGCAUUAGGUCACAUGAAUCUUGGGACUCCUCUCUUUAUUUGAGCUCCCAAGUGACUGCUACACACACCAGUGUCUGAGAGGCACUCCUGGAGCUCAUUCCUGCUAUUUUCUAGGAGAAAAGUGCCCAAGAAACCAAGGAUUUGCAGCUCCAGGACGUAAAUCCAAGUGUCUGGCUUCUGUUGCAGGCAGCUGUGGAACCCAGGGUUCUGAGCCUAAGCGUAGACGCCUACUCAGGGCCGGAAGCUUUGAGACCAGUGGCCCUCGGUGCUUGAGAAGAGAAGGACGCCUGAAAGGGAAGGAAGAGCCCUUGAGCCUUGCAACAUUUUGACUCUUGUCUGUAGCUCCAGGCAGGAAGUAAGAACAGUACUCAAGUGGCAGGAGAUCCUGGCUGCAACUUCAGUUUACAGCUUGACACGGCAGGGUAAUGGAAAGCAAUUUAGAUUUGACACCCUUUGGCAGCAGUUGAUCUCCAACCCUGUGGCCUUAGCAAAGCCUCAUACUUUCUGCAGACCUUUGCUGUUGGAAGAAGCAGGUACGUGAAGGCUUGCUUUGAAGAGUACCCAGGUAACAUGAACCUGCUUCUGCAGGCACCUCUUCUACCUCACCUGAGCCAUGGUGCUCCAGGAUUGACAAGCAGCCAGCCACUGAGCACACCUGUUCAGAUCCCUGAUGUAGGGAUCCUCACUGAAACUACCCAUCUUCUUCUCCCAUCUUCUGUCACACUCCUUAGGCACAGCAGCCCAUGGUGGGUGUGGGGAUCAGAUCAUCUGCUCUGUGCUCAUUGUUGUCAUACCAUGCCAGGCACUACCAGGAACAUUCAAGUUUCUGAGAACCUGCAAAGUAGAUUGUGGCAUUACCCACCUUAAAAUCAGUGACAUACCAAGGUCACAUGGCGAGGCAGGGUAGAACCCUGAGACCUCCUGUCUAGUCACUCCAUUACAGUCCCAAGGCAGUGGCUUAGCCUUGCCUCCAGUAUAAAGUACUAUCCAGGGUGUCAUUAUUCCGUGCACUUCUCUGUGCACCUGCCCCCCUGGAGGGCCAGGUGGUUCUCAACCUCAGCUGCAUAUUGGAAUCACCUGGGAAGCUUUACAAACCUCAGUGUCUGGACUGCCCCUUGCCCUCAGCCCCUUCCAGUUAAACUGGAGUCUUGGGAGGUUAGGGCCCAGGCAUCCUUGUUAAAGCCCCCAGGUAACUCCAGUGUGCAAUAGGUAACCCACUGUUCCAGGGACCUCCUUAAACAUCCUGGGCAUGUCCUGACAAGGUUCACCUUUACAUAGCCAAGGUAAGAACCACUAAUGGAGGAGGAGAUUUUGUCUCUGUUUGAUUAUACUUUUAAUUAAACUCCUAACUCAUUUUUUUCUGCAAAAUUUUGGGUAUUUUUCCAGAGGCAAAAAAAAAAAAAAAAAAUAAUGGAAAUAACCAAAAAUCUGUGUGUACAUUUUUAGCAUCAUUAAGAGCAUCCAAAGUCACUUGGAAUCUUCUUUAAUGUGGAAUCUUGUGAUAUUGCUUGCAGUACUCCUUUUCCUUAUCUUCUAUAUAUACUUAAUGCUAAUAUAGAUUUACUCCUUAGCAUGUUUUUUUUUUCAUAUAUAAAACAAUAAGCUUUAAACUUCAUGGACAUUAGCAUUAGUCACUUUCUUUUGAAAGGUUUUUCUCUCAAAUUGUUGAAGGGAGAGAAGCCUUAAAAUUCCUCUGUUUCCUAAUAUUGAUUCAGUUGAUGUGCCUAGCUGGGCCAAGUCAUCCCCAAAGAACUCUGUAGACAGGAUUGAGGAUCCUAGCUUGGGUGGGUGUGGACCUUUGUUCCAUUAGGCUCAUUUGUUAAGCUUGCUAAUCUCUGCUUCUCUGGACCUUACUGCCUUCUCCUACGGUGGAAAGAACCUUAACAAAUAUACGUUGACUUAUUUUAUGAUAAAAUAUCUCUGCCCAGCAUAAAGCCACCUGCAUGUACCUGGCAGCACCACGACAGUUAGGCAUUUCUUCCUUCCAGUUUACAAGUAAGAGUACCCAGGCCCAGCUUAACCAGUAUGAAAUCACAACUAGUGUCAAGACCUAGAUUUUGGACUUUGUCCUGCUCUCCGGGGUCAUUACGCUUUCCGGGGUUACACCAAGCUGCAUUCAUCUGGAGAACAGAGGAACCGUCUCCUGCAGCCUUCCUCCCCGUCUGUUGUCCAUGCACUACAGUUUCAGAAGGAAAUGUCAGGUCCCGAGGGAGGCAUGUUUGUUGGCAACCUCUAGAAGUAAUUUUUGGCCAUCAGGAUGGCACCCAGUUUGCAGUUCAGUCAUUUCUAAGUGUGAGGUAGUUUGGCAUAAAGAUUGCAAUGCUUAAUUGUUAUUUUUUCCUGUUGAGAUCUAUUUAUCCAUUCAAUUCAAUUCUGAUUUGUUGUAAUGGUCAGAAAAAGCUCUUGCUGAGGCAACAGUUUCUUCCCAAAUAUCCUACUGAGGAAGUAUGUCCAGUUAACAUGGCAAAUGUCGGAUUUCUUUCUUUUUUACCCUUAUCCGAUGUCGCUCUUCUACAUCUUCUGGGCACUUAGGGUAAAAUUGUGUUAAAAUUUGGGUCACUGGGAAAAACUAGUAAGAUGAGCCUUUUUAUAGCCAAAGAGACAAAGGAACACUCAGGUACAGUUUUUGAGUGGCUGUGCCAUUGGGCUGGGGACUUUACAUACCUUACGAGUGUCUACUCCUAAUAGCCCUUUAAGUUUGAGGGUGGUAAAGCUGUUUCCUUGCAACAAAUAGAGAGGAAUCACUUGUCUAGACACCCAGCGAAUACAGGACAGGACCAGAGUUUGAACCCUAGACCUUCCAGCCCCAUUCCUGUGCUUUUCAUGGGCAUAUCAGCUGUACCCCUGCCCCAGUGAGGGAUGUGGUGGGAGCCACAGUGAGACAGAGUUUCUAAGUCAGAAUGCCUGAAAAGAGUUGCUUCCAUUGGCUUCUCAUCCACAGAGGAUGCCAGCAGCCAGCCUACUAGCUCUGAGUUUGUUGGACACCGUUUGUGCACGAAAAUGUAGGUGAUAUAAUAGGCCUGCCACUCUUCUUCUUUUUCACGCUAACAUCCAGCUCAGAGGUACCUUCCUGCUACAGGGCUCUCACGGUGUGGCUGUGCUUCAAGGGGCAGGCUGGAGAAGGCAGGUCAGUAACCAGCUCACACCCAAAGCUCUGUGAGUGCGAGUUCUGUGGAGAUUGUAUGCAGCUGGUAGCCUUUGCCACUAAAACUAACAGGGGGUCUUGCCCUAGAUGUAAACUAUUUUAAUCUGUACAAUCAAACAAUUGUGAUUAAAAUUAUAAAAUGAAAUUCAGUGUAUAUUCUGGAAAGAGCAAUUGUUAGGCAGCUAAGAAGCCUGUAAUUUAGCCCCUCUUAGGAUUGGCAAAAUUUCUUCAUUAAAACAAUAGAAAGUAAUAGAUUUAACAACUUAAAGUGUGCCCAUAACUUAUCCAGGCACUUUCCCUCACCACCUCACCCUGUGUCCUCAUGACUGCCCUGGGGGUGGGGGUCCUGCUGAUGUCUGCUCUCCUGGUAAGGAAUCAGUUUGCCCAGGCCUCACAUCUAGGAAAUCCUAUGAUUUUAAACCCUGUAGUCUCUUUGCAGAAUCUAUAGCUUUAAACAUGAUUUUACCUCUUAUUUCUCUGCUAAUUCUGUUGAGCAUGAGUCACUUCCAGCAUUUAGAAGUCAGAUGCUUCAUUUUUAGUAAGAACUUAUACAAUCUUGCACAUUUUAUAAUCCUUAGUAUCACUUAACUGGUUUCUUCCAAACUCAGCGAUUUUUCCCUCGUGUCCCCAUAAUAAGUAUUUUGGAAAUCAGGACGAGUAAGCUCAAAAAUGAAGAAGAGGAACCUCCUACACACACACACACACACACACACACACAGUGCGAGAGAGUGUUAGGCCUCCUCCCAAGCCUUUCCUUUGAGGAGGACAAGACAGUGCAGACAGCAGGCUUCUUAGGCAGAGGGCUGCUUCUCUCCUGCAUGGCUGUCAUGCGGGGUUUUGCUGUAGGUAACUCUGUAUUGAAAAGCUCACUUCUGCUGCUUGAAUAGCUUAUACCAAACAGGCAUCUAAAUGGUAGGGACAUUUUGUGCCAUAAUGAUAACAAGACUAUUAUUUCUGUGUUUUUGAGAGCACUUCUAAAUUAUAUGAAAGAGAAAAAUAAAAGUAUGUUUCUAGUCCCAGGAAGUCAAGUGCAGGGCUUCUGUAAGGCUGGGUGAGUUGGGAAAGUCUGUGAACUCCGACACUGAUUUAGUGUGGUGUUUUCUUGAGUGCCCUCAGCAUCCAGUGCACCCAUGCACAAAUCUUUAUCUACUGUGUUUAUAUAAUCCUCUGUUAUCAGCCCACUGAGCAAUUACUUAUCCAGAAGACUCAGCCUCUCUGGUGGUUGUAUUUGGAUAGAGGACUUUGUAUGCAAAGAACUGGGGUUUGGGAGCUCUCAGGAGUAUUCAUAUGCAAAUACCAAUAUCUUGGCCACUUUGUGGUUCCCUGCUGCUCUGUGCAUUUACCUUUAUCUUAAAGUAUUACAUCUGAGCUAUUCCAUGGGCCACACUCUGCUGCAACUAGCCAUAGAUUUGCAAAGGCCAAAAGGAACUUUGUAUUGAAGGAACCUCCCAUCUUUUCCACCAAGAAUGAGGAAAAUUGCAAAGUAGUAAUACUAAUUUAUUUUGGAAAUAGUUUAGAAGCCAAGAAAGAUGCUGUCAAACAGUUGACAGUGCACUCAUGGCCAGAUUCCCUGCUUCCCCCAUGAAACUGCAGGUCAUAGAUUCGUGCUUCAUAUUAUCAGUUGCUCCUAUGGAUUCUCAGUUCAGAAUAUAGAUGGUGUUUAACCUAUGAUGGUUCUACUCAUGAUUUUGUUAUUAAAGCAACAUGCACUCAGUAGAAAUUAUGCUCCUAAUUUUGAAUUUUGUUCUCUUCCCAGGCUAGUGAUGUGCAAUACAAUGGUAUUAUGAUGCAGGGCAGAGGCAGUGAACUCCUAAUAGGCCAUGCAACCGCAAGUGUAAUGACCAACACCAUAUUCGAUAGCCACUAUAGUCAAUAAAUAACAUGAGGUGUUCAAUGCAUGAAUAUCUGAUAGUCUUUGUGCUGGGUGGUUUGCCAACUGUAGACCUAGGUAAUGGUUCUGAACACAUUGAAGGCAGGUUAGGCUAAGCUCUGACGUGCAGUAGGUUUGGCGGAUUAAAUGCAUUUUUCACUUACAAUGUUUUCGAUUUACAGUGGGUUUAUUGGGAUAUAGCCCUACCAUAAGUUGAGGCGCACACACAGCUGCUUAGAUAUUUUUGCAGAGGUGCCUCAAAAAAAAAGUGUGUGUUUCUCAGGCAUCAGAACCAGCCUGAUUCUCUGGGGACUUCUUUCCAGUUGCUGUCCACUUCUUGCUGAUGGUCAUGAUCUUGCAGUCCAGUCUGUUCUCAAGUUUCAGGAAGAAUAACACCCUCUAAGUUUUUAAAAGAUUGGAAAGAAAAGUGGCAAAACACCAUUUCUUGAUUUUUUUAAAAAUCGUGGAGGCUGAGAAAGACGCUGAAAAACUGAAAAUGUGCAAAUGUAAUCCUGGGUUGAACAAUUCUUCAAAAAAAAAAAAAAGGAAUGUUGGCAUGUGACUUUUGAGAAUUAUAUGUUGAAACAGUUGAUGAGCAAGUUGUGCUAGGUUAAGUAAUUUAGUCUCUCUCUGGAUUAUGAGGCUGGUAGAUGACAGAAGAGAUUUUACGUAUUGAUUGGUAUUCAAACCUUUGGGACAGAAUUAAGAAUCAAGGACUACUAGAUAAGAGAUGUGCAGAUUAUUAGGUGGUCUAUUAAGAGUGAUUAAGUUGUUUUUUUUUUGCAGCUCCAGUGUCAAGAUGGAAGAAAGUUACAAGGAAGCCAGUUCCUGUUUCAUUUAGGAUAAAUUGUUAACAAUGAAAACUAGGUGAAAAGCAAAAUCCGCUGCCUAACGAAGGAGGAGCUUGACGCAUGUGUUGCCUGGAAUGUCAGAAGAUUGACAGCAGUCAUAUUUUGGAGCAUGCUCCUACAGUGGCAGUGUACCAAAGAAAAGUUGUGAAGUACCUACCCGCCACCAAGCACAGUGUGCUGCAGGGUGCCUCCGAAGGAUUUUGUCAUGUGAACUCUUUCUGAAUUUCAGUCCGCUCUUUCUAGAAAUGCAGAUAAAGAAGAUGAAGGAUAUUGGAGAGCCUUCGUACGCUACCCCAAUGAAUGGCACACAUAACUCCUUGACCCUGUCACCCAAACACCCUAAUUCUAACAGAGCAACUCGGCCAGACAGACAAGAAGCACAGGCCCUUUUGUAUCAGGGCUCGGAGGCGGAGGCUGCCAUGAUGACUAUUGCAACAUGUGCAAAGUGCAGAAGUGUUCACAAAGUCCCUCUUCAAGAUUUGAAGAAGGGUCCUGGGCAAGGCCAAACGGAAGACGGAUAUGUCUGCCUCCCAUGCAGCCUUCAGACGGCUCCUCCCCAUUUUCACUUCAUGAAUGGGGAUCCCAGGGCCACUCAUGUUGGAAACAAAACCGAAGCCAUCUCGAGUCCCAUCAAUAACAAAUUCAAGGUGAGGAACUUUAAGCCAGGCAAAUACUACUGUGAUAAGUGCCGGUUUUCCACCAAGGACCCGCUGCAGCACAGGAAGCACACGCUGCAGCACGAGGAGAUCAGAUUCAUCUGCUCCCACUGCAGCUACGUCUCCUACACAAAGGGGGAGUUUCAGAGGCACCUGGUGAAGCACACGGGCAUAUUCCCUUAUCAGUGUGAGUACUGUGACUAUGGUGCUAUUAGAAAUGACUACAUUGUCAAGCACAGGAAGAGAGUCCACGAGAGGGCUGGUGCUAAGAGACCUCUCAAAACUGCCACCAAGCUGGACCCAAAAAGAACUAGCAUUUCCAGACAGAACAUAGAGCUCUUAAAGGCCCCUAGCCUAAGGACCGCAUUUCAGAACAGGUUGUCGGAUCAGCUCUCAAGAUUCUCUCUUCAUGCUAAUAAAGACAAAAUUCACAAUAUCCUAUUGCUACCUGAAUCAAAGGAAUACCAGAAAGAUGUUGUGUGUAUUCCCAAUCAAAUGACCUUACCCGAGCCAAAUGAAGUUGGUCUGUUUGAGAACAAAAGCGUUGAGGUGGAAGUGUUAUCUCCUUCAAAGGAACCCGUUCAACCCGGUGUGCCACUGACGGUCGUGGCCCCGGCGGAGCUAGUUGUCCCUGCAAACUGUUUAGCCCAGUUGAUGGACGUGAAGGUUGUCAACGGCACACAGCAGCUCCUUCUCAAACUGUUUCCACUGGAGGAAAAGAGUCACCUGGAAGCUGGCAGUGGCGAUGGAGGCGAUCCAGAGCAUGUGACUAAAGAGAAGUGUUCAAAGGAGCCAGAAAAUGUAUUUUCUGCAGAAAAUAUAAAGUCACUAGCAAUAGAAGGGAACACUGGAAGACUUGUAGGUGUAGAUAACCUUCGGUCUUCAGUUCAGAGACAACUGAAAGAUGUGAAGUGGGUGAGGUCUUGUGAUCUUGUGUCUGGCUCCCGUGUGCACGAUCACAGGGAACACCUUCUCAGUUCUGAUGGGGUCGAGGAUUUGCAGACAAGGAAUGAUUUGUAUUCACAUAGGACCGCUCUUCCUUUUACCUCCUUAAAAGGUCACUCUCCAGCCUCUGUCAUGAAAAGUGGUGCCAUGUGUGGUCUCAGAGCUGCUUCAGACCCUUUUCCUUCUAAAGCUGCCGAUUCUUUCACAAAAGAUGGAAGAAAUGUGCACAGUGACUCUCAGCCGUUAUUUCAUCUGGCUCUGACACCUCCAGCCACUUCCUUCUUUGGGGAACAGGGCUUACUACCUGCAGUCAGUCAGAGUGACUUGGAACCUGGAAGUCAGAGCAAUGUUCCUGCUAAAAUGGCUUCCUCUCCUGGGAAGCUGGAAGGUGACCAGGCAGAGGACAAGGCAGCUUCAGAUCUAAGCCAGACCUCCCCUUCACAGGAGAGUGAGUAUUUAUACACAGAUAUGACCAGAGGGGAAGACGGAACUAGAUCUGAGCCUAGAGGCGACCCUGGGGAAUUGAAGAAUUCUGAAAGGACCAGUGAGACUUCCGAGGGCCCUGUCAUCUCAUCAGUAUUUUCUCUGAGCUCUGGGUCUGAAAAUGUCCCAGAGGGCAUUAAGUGGAAUAGUUCAACAUCCAAAAUAAAGUCAAUUGAACUCUUACGCAGAAAGAUCGCCCAGCUGAUUGAGUCCUGUGGCAAGCCUUCGUCUUUGUCUGCAAAUAGUGCACGGGGUCGGUCCACGUCAAAGGGAACCUCCAAAGCAACACCUGAAGGCAUUCAGGACAUUAACUUGUCACUUCCUGGCCCAGGCACUUCCACAGGUCCCCUCCAGACACCUCAGAAUGAAGAUGAUGUCACUGGUAGUGGACAGCUUGCUCAUCAGCAGGUCUAUCCACAGUUUGCUAAUGGCAGUGAGGGGAACACUGAAAGCAGAGGGACCAGGAAGGCUCAUGUGGCCACUCCAGUGCUGAUCCCCAAAGGGGCCGUGUUGAGGGUUCUCAACUCCUCUGAGGAUGCCCACAUCAUAGAGGCUACCUGCGACGCACCUGUCGGCAUACCUUGCAGCAAAGCACAGUUACCAAAACCAGCUCCUUACUGCCCCAUGAAACAGACAGACUCAGACUUGCAGCCUUUGACCAGUGACAGUGGGCCAGUCGACAUGUCCCCAGGUCUCGAGACAGCUCUUCGGCCUAAACCAAGAAAAGAGGAUGCUAUGUGUAGCGCCAUCCCUAAGAAAACUGGCCCUGGGCCUGGACAGCAUGGCUGUAGUGACCUGAGGAGGCCAGGGAGACUGCUGUCCAGGAGUCUUCCAAUGAGUAGGAAUAAAACCAGGCAAGUGAAUUCAUCCAAGAAGAAAAGCAAACUUCAGGCCAAUGCCAACCGCUGCCUCAAGGAUCCUUCCGUUUUUCAGGUUGCCAGACAGCUCCGACUGAUGGCCGCCAAACCAGAUCAGUUGAUUAAAUGCCCCCGUCGGAACCAGCCAGUCAUCGUGCUAAAUCAUCCUGAUGUGGACUCACCAGAAGUGACCAAUGUGAUGAAGGUGAUCAAUAAGUACAAGGGCAACGUCCUCAAGGUGGUUUUAUCAGAAAGGACAAGGUGUCAGCUUGGCAUUCGACGGCAGCACAUGCGACUGACCUACCAGAACGUGGAGGAUGCCAAUCUGCUCAAAAGGCAAAUGAUGUUGAAAAUGAAACUGAAAAAGGUUCAUAAAAACAACUACCAGGUGGUGGACUCCUUGCCCGAUGAUUCGUCCCAGUGUAUAUUCAAGUGCUGGUUUUGUGGGCGGCUGUAUGAGGACCAGGAAGAGUGGAUGAGUCAUGGCCAGCGGCAUUUGAUAGAGGCAACUAGAGACUGGGAUGUUCUUUCUUCCAAGGGCAAAUGAGGAAAGAGUGGUCUUUGAAGUGAUUUGCUUUUCUUUUUAAUUUUUCUGUUUGGGGGAUGAUUCCCCCAGAUUCAAUAGGAGAAAUGCAGUCUAGGGGGAUGAGGGUUAUGGAUUCUUCAGAUCCCUGUGGAAAUGUUGAUUCUUCCCCAGGACAUGUCUGGACUCUGGGAGGUAUUUAAAGCCCCUGAAAUUGUGCGCGCACAAAUGGAUGUACAUGCAUUUUUCUGGAGAAAGGAUGUGAAGUUCUCAACAGAUUUUCAGUGGGAUCUAAGACCUCUCAUUGUUUAGUAUCCAUUUUUCUGAGUAGAUACAAAUCUUUCAUAUUCCAGUUAGGAGGAGCAAGUUUAAAAUAAUUUACACCUGCUCCUUAUAUAAAUGCUACUGAAGAAUUAAAUCUACGUUUCGGUGUGCAUUUCCACUUUGUUUCUGCUUUAACUCCUCUCCUGAAUAUUUGGUACAUAAUGAGAAUUAUAUUUUCUACUGUAUUACUUGUUUUAAAUUUAUUUUUUAAAAAGUUGACAUAUUGGUCCUGGGAGUAUAGCUCAGUGGUGCACAAGACCCUGGCUUCCAUCAUCAGCACUGCAAAAAAAAAGGAUAGUGGGAAUGGCAUUCUUUUUAACCCCUCCCCACUCUGUAGUACUCUUGAGUGUGUAUGUGUUGUGGAGUUGUGCUCAUGUUGUCUAUUUUAAAGAACAGUUCUAAGGGUUUGCCUGCAUUUACUAUUUCAACAACAGGCAUUAUGAAACAAAAGCAAAUAUUUCCAAGUGUUAGCUUUUGCUUUCUUUUAAAAAUCCUGAAUUGUAACAAUUGGAUAGGGAAUGUGCCUUCUGGGGGAGGGGGGAUUUUAUGAAGGAAAAGAUCUAAAGUCAAGUCCCCUUAAAACUCCCACAAGCAUAAAUUAAGUGACCAGUUCAAAGGUGAAGGGAGUGGCUUCUUACAGCAGAGGUGGACCCUGGGAUGACAGCUCAGGGUGACUGGGGAAGUACCUUGGGAAGGGGCGAAGUGUUCACUUGGGAACUCGUCCUGAGACGGGGUGCAUGCUGCCUGCUGUCCUGGAUCAUUGGAGUUAGGGACACCUCUCCAAGGUCAGACCUUACUCUCUUUGGCCAUUUUUUCUGAAGAGGCACAGUUUUUCCUCAUGAAACUUAGUAGAAGCUGUCAGGAAUCACCAAAAUGGAAGGGACCCCCCCCCCCCAUUACACACUUGUGUUUGUCAAGGUGGUAGCAGACACUCCCUGGUUUUCACUGCAACAAUCUGCCCCCAUCUGUCUUCUCCACACGUGUUCUCUUGCUCACCUCUCCUGGGAGAAGAUCAGUCCUUCUACCCACAGAUGCCUGCACUGUGCCUGAGCUGCAAAGCACCUUUGCACACAUUAGGAGCAGCCCCGCCCUUGCAUAAGCCUGGCUUUCAGGUAAACAUCCCCCAUGGCUGGAUUUUAGUCCUCUCAUGCCCAGGCGGAGAGCUGACCUUCAGGCAGGACACAGAUGGUGCAGUAAUGACCCUUCCCCUUCAGGAAGGGCCUGCCUCAGGGGGGUUAACAGUGCAGAGUGGAACUGGGGCAGUACAUCUGGAAAGGACACCAGGGAUUUCUGACUUACCAGGUUGUUAAUGGAGACUUCCUGAUUUUUCCCACAUGGGAAAGUCUCAUAUGUGGGAUUGUACUCCUCUGAAGUUUGUUCUCAUAGAUAAUCAGCAUUUCUUAGGUAUAAUUCAAUACAUGAUCAUUAAGUUGAUUAAUUGGCUAAUUUUUAUUGGAAUUUAAAACUUGCAUUUUUUAUAUAUGUGUAUAUAUGUGUGUGUACACAUAUAAAUAUUUUUUACCACAUGGAAGUUGCAAUAGCUAAUUUUCUGAUUUCCUAUUUUAUAAUGAUAUGUGGGCUGGGAAAAUGUAAAACAUUUUUAUAUUCUAGAAAUAAUUUAUUUUGGAAGUACAUUUUUAUAAUGGUUUGAUCUCAUUUUUAGAAAAUGAAAGCACAGUAUGUGAUAGGAUCUAAUUUAUAUGAACAAACAGGAGUGGACACCCCUGUGAAUCAUUUUAUUAUGACAUUUAGUUGUUAGUCUUUUUUUAUUUGGUGCUUUGUGGUAAGUGGCUUAUGUGAACCAGCAUCACAUAAGAGCAUUCUGAAACCUUAUCCAUGUUACACCGUACACACCUCUAGCGUAAAGAAACCUAAAAUGUGGAGAGAAGGGAAGAAAAUGCUGUGACUUUUACUUUUAUCUUCGAUACCUCACCACUUAGUAGCUUCUUCCUGAAAGGGCCAGCCAAGAGCUAGCCCUGGAUCUAUCUGCUCAGAGUAUUAAGUGUUCACGUGAAAUAUUGACCUUUGACAGCACUGACUGUUGUUCAAGUAUUAUCUAAGCCACAAGUCGAGUACUUGUGUGGAGUUGAAUUUUGUGAGUAGAAUAUGUAGCAGACCUUUUCGGGACAUUUGGAACUACGUACUUAAGGAGUUCAAAGUGUUCCUAGAAUUCAUAGAAAAGGGGAAACAAAAGUGGCUGUCUUCCCUAAAUAGCUUUAGAAAAUAGCUUAUUAACAUGUAGGUAAAUGUCAUGAGAUAAACAAGUUUCUAACAAAAUUGGAGGGAGUGGGCAGGACAGUGUUGAAUACUCUUUCCCUUGAUUUUGAAGGAUCUCCAGUCACUACAUUUUAUUAAUAGUACUAAUAAAAUUAUUUUAAACUUAUUUUUUAAAGUAGGCUUUUUUACUUUUGGGGACCAGAAAUAGGCAAACUUGUUAUAUUUGUUAUAGGCAAAUAGAGUAAAAAUGUAAAAAACAAAACAAAAACACUAAAUAUGCUCCUAACAGAUUAUAUUUUAUUCAAAUUUUUAUCCCCAGUCCAAAACAUUUGGUGAGCCCUUACACAGAGCUGAACUGAACACAAGGUACUAAGCCUCGAAAGCCCCAUUGCUCUUUCUUUAGGACUUCUCUAAGCCAUCCCAAAAAAUAAAGACGUGAUGCUGCUCCACCUUUUGAAUCCGUGAAUGUCUAUUUGAUCGGAAAACAAAACUUUGUAUAACAAGUUAAGCAUUAUUAUAAUUCCUGGGUUAACUGUUUGUGUGUCUGCUGCUCUGGUUUUGAAACACAUUUGUAUAUAGAUAGAGAAGUCGGAGUAAGUUUUGUUAAAUAAAGCAACUGUACCAUU